AACAAGACACCGCGACUCCCACGAGUCUGAAUAAACCGUCCGUACUCGAACUAAACCGGUUGAUUUUAAUCAACGAGAAUAACGGAAGGCCUGGUCGAAUCUAUUUUAAAAACUUACGACUGACGUAUGACGAUGGAGCAAAAGGCAAAGAACGUCGGGACUCCCCCGUUAAAGUAUAAGAUUGCACGCACUGAAAAACUCGGCAGGUAUUUGCAGGCAGCAAAAAAUCUGGCAGCAGGCGAAGUGAUACUUCGAGAAAAACCGGUUGCCGUUGGACCAAUGACGACCAGUCAGGAUUACGUCUGUUUCGCGUGUUUGCGUUUGUUACCAAAAAUCAGAAGAGGCACGCAAUAUUACUGCCUCAAGUGCAAUGUUGCACCUUUAUGCAGCACUGCCUGCAAGGAGGAGUCAAAGCAUCAUACUCCAGACGAAUGCGAAAUACUUGAAAAGAAUAGAGACCUGCUGACCGACAAAAUAGCUGACGUCAUCGGUGUGUUGCUGCCUCUGCGAUUAUGGCUUCUGAAACAAAGGAAUCCAGAGUUGUGGGCACAAAUAGAGUCCAUGGAAGCUCAUAUAGAUAAAAGAAGAAAUACGUCCGUUUGGAAAGACAGGGAGGAAAACGUUAUAAAUGUCGUGAGGGCACUUCGUCUGAUUCCUGAAGAAGAAGCGUCUACAGAUCUCUUACAGCAGCUUUGCGGUAUCUUAGACGUUAACACAUUCGAGUUGAGAUCUCCGGGAGGUCUGGACGGUCUCCUUUUGCGAGGUUUAUAUAUGGAGGCCUCCCUCAUGGCUCACGAUUGCAGAGGGAACACUCACCUUACCGUAGAUAACGACUUUCAGCUCACCGUGUACGCCAGUCUGCCGAUCAACGAAGGCGACCCUAUUUUCUUCAAUUACACCUCGUCGCUUUUGGGAACGUCAGGUAGGAGGGAGCACCUGCGUGGAGGAAAGUACUUCGAGUGCGAGUGCUCGUUAUGCAUGGACCCCUACGAGAUGGGCUCGUACAUGAGCAGCAUCCUGUGCCCCAGGUGUAGAGAAGGUUUCGUAGGAGUGCAAAAUCCUUUAACGAUAAAUCCCUAUGGAAGGGGUGUAAAAUGGCAAUGCGAUAAGUGCAGAAGAAGCAUCGGGGGUCGUCUCGUGCGAGCCACUUUGGACAUAACAAGAACCCUCAUCGAUAACACGGACGACGACGAUAUCAAAGGUCUCGAAACGUUGACGGCGAAACUGUCGCGUUCUCUGCACACGAAUCAUUUCUUGAUGUUAUCCUUGAAGCAGAAAUUGUUGGCAGCGUACAGGAAAGAAGUGGCAUCGCCGAAUCCACAGAAGAAAGUUAUGAUGAGAAUGCUAGACACGUGCAAGGAAAUGUGCAACGUGUUAGAAGUGGUCGAGCCGGGGAUAUCUCGAUUAAAAGGAAUAAUGUUGUACGAGAUGCACUUGCCAUUGGUACUGUUAGCGAACAGAGCAUACGCUGCACGUGAAAUUAAUUCGACGGAUCUUGCUUCGCGCCUGGAGGAAGCCGGAAGUCUGUUGAAGAAAUCCCUAACGAUGCUUCUUUUAGAACCAGCAGACACCCCAGAGGGAAAAUUGGCUAAACGAGCCCUGCAAGAAUUGAAAGCUCUAAAUCAAAAUAUAGCUGACGUUAAAUCAAUCUCCACCAUCGAUGACACGCGUUUCCACAACAAAAGGAAAUCGCAUAAGAAUAAAUCCAAUACGAAGAAAUGAAUAUAAAAAAUGCUUUAACAUCUAUGCAUGCUCUGUUUUCUUUAUCUUUCAUUCUAUUCCUCCUUUUCC